GUCCUACACUAUAUUAUUCAAAUAUAGCAUGAUAGGUCCACUUUAAGAUAUCUCUACCACAUGACCUGGUUGCAUAACUCACACAUCAUGUUUCAACAGUAACUGAAUCCCAUGGUUCCAGUGAGCAGUCCACCUGUGCUAACAACUGUACCUAUAAAUGUAGCCACUGACUUAUAUGAAAUCAUAUGUAACUUGUAUGUACAGUGGACUUCUGAAUUAAUGUUGGCAUAUUUGCACUUACUCUAUUUCUUUCAGAUCGUUACACCUGAAAAAUAUGAGGUCAGCGGAUCCAACCAGGAAGCAGCAAUCAUCCUGACAUCCUGCACGGAGCCAAAGAUGACGGUGACGAUCACACUGACGUCCCCUCUGAUCCGAGAGGAGCCCGGUCGGGAUGGAGAUGUAACCUCGGGUAUGGUGAAAGACCCAGCGGACGUCUUGGACAGGCAAAAAUGCCUUGACGCUCUGGCUGCUCUGCGCCACGCUAAGUGGUUCCAGGCUAGAGCAAACGGACUUCAGUCCUGUGUGAUCGUCAUCCGGCUCCUGAGAGACCUCUGUCAGCGAGUCCCCACCUGGUCGCCCUUCCCCGGAUGGGCCAUGGAGCUACUGGUAGAGAAGGCCAUCAGCAGCGCCUCCGCCCCCCUCAGCCCGGGCGACGCUCUGAGGCGUGUCUUUGAAUGUAUUUCCUCUGGGAUUUUACUCCCUGGUGGACCAGGACUGGCAGAUCCGUGUGAGAAGAGGACUGUGGACACCCUCACCACUAUGGGAGAACAACAGAGAGAGGACAUCACCUCCAGUGCCCAGUUUGCUCUGAGGCUCCUGGCUUUCCGUCAGGUCUAUAAAGUUUUGGGCAUGGACCCCCUGCCGCAGGUUAACCCCCGCUUCAACGUCCGCAACAGCCGCAAGCGUCGCCAUGACAACAGUGAGGGCACGGACAGCUUCGAGGGCGAGGGCAAAAAGGACAAGAAAGAUUAUGAUAGUCUCUAAGCUUCUCUAUUGUUAAUUUAAGAAAAGUACUAAUGUGUAGUAUGUACCGGCUGAGGCCCAGUGUUGCUGUUUUCCUUUGUAAGCUACAGAAGUGUAUCACACACACACACACACACACACACACACACACACACACACACACACACACACACACACACACACACACACACACACACACACACACACACACGUAACCUGUGUGCUGUUUUUAGUUUAGAUCCUUCCAGUCCUGAGUUUUUACCUGAUGACAUUUCAUCUGUGUCCGUUUGAUUUGAAGUGGAGAUGUAGGAACAAAGCAUCAGCUCAGCGUUUAUCAAUGCUAAAUAGUACGCUUCAUUCGUCUGUAGAGCUGCAUUCAGAGGUGGACUGUGUUGUUACGUUGUGAAGCAUUCUUUUGGCCAACAAGUUUUUCUAUAGAGUACGAGUUUCUGUGCAGGUGAUGUUUGAUGCUGUGCUCGUGUUCUGUCUCCAUGCUAAGCUACACUGAAGAAAAAGGCGGGGCACUGCACUCCGAUCCAGAAGACGAUAGCGAUCUUUGUUCGCCCCAAACUUGGUUUUAUGUUGUUUUUCUUUCCUUGGAAGUAUUUGUAUAAUCUUUAAAUAGAUAUAAAGGUUUCUGUUUGUGGAAAUCAUGACCAUGUUCACACAGCGCACUGUUUUGGCUUUUUAAUGUUUUCCUUGAUAAAAAGGAGCUUUAUUGGCUUUCUUGCCUUUUAACUUGGUUAGGUCUAAAUUCAGUUCAAUACUGGAACAUGAGAAUAUAACUCCUGUCUGGCAAGCGGGGGGGGGCUUGCUAAUGUAAGUGUAGAUCCUGCUGUGAAUGCUUGCUGUGCUUCGCUUCUGCUUUACAAACCCAGAAGCAGAAUAAAUACAUUUCCAGAUUGAA